AUGGCGCACGCGACACGUUAGGUGAAUGUAUAUCAAAAUCAAACACAACACAACGACCAAUAGGAACACAAAACUGCUGUUGCGUCAUCGCGACAACGACGCAACACGAACUCCGCCAUGUCGCGUAGCCGACAUGACGCGAUAGCCAGUCCAACUCGAGCUCGAGUAAUAAGGUGACGAGCGACAUAGUCAUAAAUAUGUCUGAUAACAAAACUUUACAAUUAGUGAAAGCAAUCGAAAAGUUUCCUUGCUUAUACAACUACAAUAUACCAGAAUGCUUAAAAAAGGAAUUUAGUGACAGAGCAUGGCAAGAAGUCGCUAGUCAAACUCAGCUCUCGGUUGGUGAAUGUAAAGAAAAAUGGAAAAAUCUAAGGUACGGCUUGCUGCGAAGUUUAAGACUAAACCCAGAUGGCUCAGAAAAAAAGAAAUAUUAUUUACAUGACGAAAUGGAAUUCGUACUACCAUUUAUCAGAACUUAUAGAACAGACCACAUUGUUUUUUAACAAAUAGAUACUGAAACCGAUGAAGAAAUUAAUGGUUAUAACGAACAAGAUAAUGAAAGCACCCCACUGCAAAUUCAAUAUCAUGAAAUAGAAAUACCUGAACCACCAAAAAAGAAAUCUAAAGCUAAUGAUAAUCUUAUUAGAUAUUUGCAACAAAAACCAAGCAAUACCUUGAACAACAAUGAAGUGAGCGACGAUUCAAGAAAAAUGUUCUUAUUAAGUCUGUUGCCUGAAGUUAACGCGUUAACAGAAUGCCAAAUGAGAGUUUUCCGAAGAAAAAUAUUUUCACUGUUAGACGAAAUUGUAGAUAGUCCAAGUCAAUACGAGACGUGUUUAUUUCAAUGGCAAAAAGAAUCCAUAAAUCCAGAAUCACACAAAAAUUCUGAAACAAUUAAAAAGGAACCCCUAUGAUCGUAAGAAACCAAUGAAAAUAUCUAAUAAAAAAAUAUUAAUGUCCAUGUAAAUGCAUAUAGAUAACAGAAAUAUAUA